GGGAAACAAGCGCUCCCAUUCACUGUGGACAUCCCAGAAGGUUGUGCUUAUUUCCCAGCACUCUGCCUUGACCAUUCUAGCAGGAGGAAGUGACUGAGGAGGGGGCGAUGGAGCCCUUUCUGCCAAGAGGGGAAAUGCCCACUUUCCCAAGAAGAAUGACGCCCGCUUCCCCGACCUCCCUGCCCAGCUCGCAGCUGGCUGGAAAUGGCACCGGGGCUGCAGCGGAGGAGGAGUCCUGUGUCUUCAACGAGGACUUCAAGUUCAUCCUCCUGCCUGUCUCCUACGGGAUCGUCUGUGUGGUGGGCCUCGUCCUCAACGCCAGCUCCCUCUGGCUGUUCCUCUUCCGGCUGCGGCCCUGGAACGCCACCACCACCUACAUGUUCAACCUGGCACUCUCGGACAUGCUCUACGUCCUCUCCCUCCCCACCCUGGUCUACUACUAUGCUGACCACAACAACUGGCCCUUCGGCGAGGCCCUCUGCAAGGUGGUGCGCUUCCUCUUCUAUGCCAACCUGUACAGCAGCAUCCUCUUCCUCACCUGCAUCAGCGUCCACCGCUACGUGGGCAUCUGCCACCCCAUCCAGUCCCUCCGGUGGGUCAAGACCAGGCAUGCGCGCCUGCUUUGCUUGGGCGUCUGGCUCACGGUCACGGCCUGCCUCACCCCAAACCUGAUCUUCGUCACCAUCAGCACCAGGGGCAACGACACCCUCUGCCACGACACCACCAAGCCCUCGGAGUUCGACCACUACGUCCACUACAGCUCGGCCGUGAUGGUGCUGCUCUUCGGCCUCCCCUUCGUGGUGAUCGUGGCCUGCUACUGCCUGAUGGCCAAGCGGCUGUGGGUCCCUGGCGCCCACCUGGGCUCCCCUGUGCCGGCCUACAAGCGGCGCUCCACCAAGAUGAUCGCCAUCGUCCUGCUGGUCUUUGCCAUCAGCUUCCUGCCCUUCCACAUCACACGGACCCUCUACUACGCCGCCCGGCUCCUCAAGGCCAGCUGCCACACCCUCAACCUCGUCAACGUCACCUACAAAGUCACGCGGCCCUUGGCCAGUGCCAAUAGCUGCCUCGACCCCAUCCUGUACUUCCUGGCCGGGGACACCUACCGGGCUCGCAUGUGCCGGGCCUUGGUCAAGAGGCCCAAGGCCAAACCCAUGCCCACGCUGGCACUCACGGGCCCCUGCCAGGACAGCAGCCUGGCCCCCCAGAGAGGGAGCAGCUUCUGCUCCAAGGAGGGCAGGGAGACCCAAGCGGGCAACUAGGAACAUGGCACU